AGAAAGAGAGAGAGAGAGAGAGAGAGAGGGAGAGAGAGAAACGGAUUACUGGGGUGGUGACCGCAACGAGAUAGGAGACAAUAAGGUUAUACCACAAGUACAACAAAAACAACACAGGUGUGGGGGAAUAAGAAAGAUGGAGAAGAUUAGGCGUCUCCUUUACCCCUCUCUUGAGCAACUCCCACAAGAACUUAUAACUCUAACCCUAAACCCGUCCCCCUACCCUCCUUCUCUUUCUGACCCAAUCACUUCCCCGAAUUUCUCGACCCAACCAGAAGCCAAUAUAUCACCACCACCCCAGCUACUACCAUCAUCAUCAAGCAGAAAAGCAAGUAACCUUGUUCUUAACUCACCCUUUCUUAACCCAAGUGGCAUCUUUACCUUCUCUCAUCUUUUUCUCUCUACUCCCUCCUUUAUUUUCUUCCCUUGGGAAUUGGGUCCCCACCUUUUUGGUUUCUUGCGAAGAACACAUUAGGGUUUCGUGAGCAUCGCUUCCUUCGACAAGGGUAAUGAUUCUCUCUUUGUUAUCCGAUUUCGGUGAUUUCAUCUGGUUAUCUCGAUUUCAUUCGGGUUGUUUUGAUCUCUGUGAUUUUUUGGAUUACAAGGUUUUCUGUGUCCCCUUCCCCAUUUUGGAAGGAUCAAGAACCAGUUUUCCCUUGGUGUAAGUUCAUUAUUUCUCCCAUGGAAGGCUUCAGUGGCUCUGGUUUUGAUGGUGUUGGAAGCACUGUAAGGAAGAAGAGGAGCAACACAUUUCGGCGUCCUAGGCCUGAUUCACAAUCAUUUCCAGAUGCACGUGAUCAUUCGUCAUUGUCAUCGACCCCACCCUCAGACAAUAAUGUCAGCAAGGUGUCCAGUGAUGAGAACACUGGUUAUGAUGCAAGUUCUCGGAAGAAAGAGUUCAAUCUUAAUCAAUGUGCUUCAAGGGUGCCAUCUAGUAAUAGAGCUGAUGGUGAAACUACCCAUAAAAAGAUCAAGAAGGAAGAUGGAACAUAUGGAGAAUAUGAUAGAUUCUACAGCAAUGGAAGUUCAAAGGGUAGUAAUGAUCAUGUGCGAAGUGGUUCAGAUUCCAAAAGGUGCAGUGAAGGUGUCCUUGCUCCAGCUAAUUGGAAAAAUACAAACAAGGUGACGGCAAGCUCUGAACUGCACUCAAGAAAGACAGUCAGUCAUCUUGGCAAUGGAAAGAGUGGGGAAAGUCGUAAUUCAGGGCAGUCAGUAGUAGGCUCAGAUGGAAUAGGAAAUGAAAGCAAGCUUAAAAAGGUAAAGCUGAAGGUAGGUGGAGUUACCCGCACAAUUCAUGCAAAGUCAACAUCAGAUGUGGCUUUUGGUGGUGGGUCUUCUAUUAAGUCUUCUCGGGCUUCAGAUGCUCCUCGGCCAAGGCAAAAGCUGAUUCUUCAGGACAAUUCGGAUGAUGAUAACUCCCCUCCUCCUCCAGAGAAGUCAAGUGGAUUGCAAGGAAUCCCUUGGAAAGAUUUCUCAAGAAGUGGUUUCAGUCUUGGGAAGAGGGACGAUUCUUCCAAAGGCAAAAUGUCUGAAGACUCUGGGAGGCAUACAGACAAAUCUGAGCCAGUUCGUAAGAGCAAGAGGGUUCCCAAGAGACGUGUUUUGGAUGAUGCAUUUGAUGAGGAUGCUGAAGAUGAGGAGAUCCGCUACCUAGAGAGACUUAAAACUUCCAAGUCUACAGCAGAUUAUGGUGCUGAGUAUGAAGAUGAUGAGGAUGAAGGAAGCAGGAAACAUAAAAGAAUUUUGAAGGUUUCAAAUAGUAAGGUUUUCAAUGGUGAAUAUGAUGAAGACGUGGAAGAAUAUGGCUCAUCAAGGUCAGGAAAAGAUGGCAAGAAGAAGUCAAGAUUGGAUAGGGUGUCUGAGGAUACAGAUUAUGUUGAUGAAGAAGAACCAGCAUCAGAUGGUGAGCCUGAAGCAAAGCGGAAGAAGCUGAGGAAAGAAUCUGUCGAUACAUUGAUGGAAAGCAAGAAAGAAACUUCUCUUACAACACGCCAACGGGCCAUGCAGUCAGGCAAAGAUGUUACUUCUGGGACUGGAGCAAGUUUAAUUGAGUUUCCAAAUGGGCUUCCCCCUGCCCCACCAAGAAAGCAAAAGGAGAAGCUCUCAGAAGUGGAGCAGCAACUGAAAAAGGCCGAGGCUGCUCAGAGACGUAGAAUGCAAGUAGAGAAGGCUGCUAGAGAAUCUGAGGCGGAGGCAAUCAGGAAAAUUCUAGGACAGGACUCCAGUAGGAAGAAACGGGAGGACAAGAAUAAGAAGCGGCGAGACGAAUUGGCACAGGAGAAGGCCGCCAAUGCAAUUACACUUGCGUCUAACACUGUCAGAUGGAUCAUGGGCCCUACUGGGACAGUAGUUACAUUCCCUAAAGAAGUAGGACUGCCAAGCAUAUUUGACACCAAGCCACGCAGUUACCCGCCCCCGCGCGAGAAGUGUGCUGGGCCGUCAUGUAGCAACACAUACAAGUACCGAGAUUCCAAGACAAAUCUUCCACUUUGCAGUCUCCAGUGCUACAAGGCCAUACAUGAAAAUAUGCAGUCUGUAACGAGUUGUUGAUGUGCUCAACAAUCUUCGCCAUUACCCAACUGUAGUGUAUGUAGCUGGCAACUCUGCUGGUAACACUGCGCAUUGUUGCUUCUAUGUCAUGCUACAAGUGCAGUUCAAUGAUUACUUUCGUGAAUGCAAUGGAGAUUUCUUGGCAA